AUGGAACGAAUCCCUGAACACAGAUCCCAGAACUUCAAGGCCAAGAAUGCAUUCAAGCCCGAGGAGCUUCGUCGCAACCGCAACGAGCUCAAUGUCGAGCUUCGUAAGCAGAAGCGCGAGGAGAACCUCUCCAAGCGCCGUAACCUCGCCAUCGCCGCAGAGUCCGAGGAGUCUGAGGACGAGGGCAUUUCUGCUGCCAGCCAACAGUUCCAUGAGCAGCUCCCUGCUAUGAUUCAAGGAGUCAUGUCUGACAACGUUGACGACCAGCUUGGCGCCACCACACAGUUCCGCAAGCUCCUCUCCAAGGAGCGCAACCCCCCUAUUGACGAGGUCAUCCGCUGCGGUGUCGUCCCCAAGUUUGUCGAGUUCCUGCGCUCUCCCCACCCCUCCGUUCAGUUUGAGGCUGCCUGGGCGCUGACCAACAUUGCUUCCGGAUCUUCGUUCCAAACACAAUACGUUAUUGAGGCAGGCGCUGUCCCUUACUUUGUCGAGCUGUUGAGCAGCCCUGUCGCUGAUGUCAAGGAGCAGGCUGUUUGGGCUCUUGGAAACAUUGCUGGAGACAGCCCCCGCUGCCGUGACAUUGUCUUGAGCGAGAAUGCCUUGGCUCCUCUCCUCGCCCUUCUCCACGAGAAUAACAAGCUGUCGAUGCUCAGAAACGCCACAUGGACUCUUUCCAACUUUUGCCGUGGCAAGAACCCCCCACCAGACUGGGAGUUGAUUUCGCCCGCUUUGAGCGUCCUUGCCAAGUUGAUUCACUCGAGCGAUGAUGAGGUCUUGAUUGACGCCUGCUGGGCCAUGUCCUACCUCUCUGACGGCUCGAACGAGAAGAUCCAGGCUGUUAUCGAGUCUGGUGUCUGCCGUCGUCUUGUCGAGUUGCUGAUGCACCACUUGCCCUCCGUUCAGACUCCCGCUCUUCGUUCGGUCGGAAACAUUGUCACAGGUGACGAUAUUCAGACUCAGGUUGUCGUUAACUGCGGCGCCCUCCAGGCCUUGUUGGCCCUUCUCUCCAGCCCCAAGGACAACAUUCGCAAGGAGGCUUGCUGGACCAUCUCCAACGUUACCGCAGGAACCUGCGUUCAGAUUCAGGAUGUCAUUGACGCCAACAUCAUCCCCCCUCUGAUCAACAUUCUCCAGAACGCCGACUUCAAGACCAAGAAGGAGGCCUGCUGGGCCAUCUCCAACGCCACCUCUGGAGGAUUGAACAAACCCGACCAAAUCAGAUACCUUGUUACCCAGGGAUGCAUCAAGCCCCUUUGCGAUAUCUUGAUUUGCAUGGACAAUAAGAUCAUCCAGGUUGCUCUGGAUGGUUUGGAGAACCUCUUGAAGGUUGGCGAGAUGGACAAGGAGCAGACUAACGGUGUCAACCAAUACAGUCUCUAUAUUGAGGAUUGUGGUGGUAUGGAGAAGAUCCAUCAGUUGCAGGCACACGACAACCUCGACAUCUACAAGAAGGCCUUCACGAUUAUCGACACCUACUUCACUGAGGAGGAUGACGAGGACCCCGAGCUGGCACCCCAGGUCGAUUCCCAGACUGGAGCCUUUGCCUUCCAGGCUGGAGGCGUUCCUCAGGGCGGGUUCAACUUUGACCCCAACGCCAUGCAAUAG